UCAUUAGUCUCUCACUGCCGCUUUUCUACUCCUUUCCCCCAUUUAGCCGCCGACGAGGAAAUGACUACCAGAUUCAAGAAGAACAGGAAGAAGCGUGGCCACGUCAGCGCCGGACAUGGUCGUAUCGGGAAGCACAGGAAGCAUCCAGGAGGAAGAGGUAACGCCGGAGGUUUGCACCAUCACCGGAUCCUUUUCGACAAGUACCAUCCUGGUUACUUCGGUAAAGUAGGUAUGCGUUAUUUCCACAAGCUUCGUAACAAAUUCUAUUGUCCUACUGUCAACAUCGAUACUCUAUGGUCUCUCCUUCCUCAAGAGGUGAAAGACAAGGCUGGUGCUAACAAGGGUACUGCUCCGUUGAUUGAUGUUACCCAGUUUGGGUACUUCAAGGUUUUGGGUAAAGGUGUUUUACCUAAGGGACAACCUGUUGUUGUGAAGGCUAAGUUGGUGUCGAAGAGCGCAGAGAAGAAGAUUAAGGAAAAUGGUGGUGCUGUUGUUCUUACCGCUUAGGUCUGAAUUUAUUAGUUGCUUUUUGAUGUUAAAGUUACUGUUUUUGAUUAGUUAAUGGAGACUUGAACUUGGGGAUUACUUGUAUGAAUUUUGGAAUACUUUUGAGAUGUUUCUGUUUAAUGAGUUAUUACCUGUUAAAGCACCCAUUGAUAGAAAUUGGCAUGUGAUUUCUCUGGA